AUCUCCGCCGGCGGCCGACAUUGGUCCCACGCGCCACGCGCUCCCGCCGAACGAGCCAAUCACAGAGGGGAACGCCGCGCUGCGCGUAUUUUGAACCGUCGUACAAACGGACGCGCAGCAGAGGCGAGAGGCGAGUCUCCGGGACACGGUUCUCUCGGUUAAACGAUUUUAAACGAUUUUAAACGGUUUUAAACGGCUUUAAACCGUUCGCGGCGCGGUGGGACUUAACGAUGAGGAAGAGCGAGGUGCUCGCGGCCGAGGCGGUGUCGUGCCUCAACAAAGCGCUGUGCCGCCUGAAGGACAUCUGGGAGGAGAUCGGCAUCCCGGAGGACCAGAGGCUGCAGAGGACCAACGUGGUCAAGAACCACAUCAAGACGCUGCUGGACAUGAUGAUAAAGGAGGAGGAGUCUCUGAAGUCCCGCCUCCUGGGCAGCAUUGAGAGCUGCAGGGCGGAGAUGGAGAAGCUGUACCUGGAGCUGCAGCUGCCCGGCUUCGAGCAGGAGGCGGGCAUCAGCAUGCUGCAGCAGGAGAAGAACAUCCGCACGCAGGUGGAGGCCCUGCUGACGGAGCGGGCCCGCCGCAUGCGGCAGCUGGCGGCGCUGCUGGACCGGGACCGCGAGCUGAGCGACGUCCUGUGCGCCGCGCCGUACGGCAUCGACGCCGCCGCCGCGCCCACGCCGGAGCAGCUGGAGAGCUUCGGACAGCACGUUGCCAACCAGGACGCCGAGAAGGCGCGUCGUUACGCCGAGUUCACGGAGCUGAAGCGGCGGAUCGCGGCGCUCAUGGCGGCGCUGGACCGCGUGCCCGAGAGCAGCUUCGAGAAGGACGCGGUGUGCGAGGACGAGGACGCGUUCUGCCUCUCCAGGGACAACAUCGCUGCGCUCGAGCUGCUCGCCGCUCAGCUGGAGGAGCGCCGGGCGGAGAUGGAGGCGGCGUGCGAGGCGGUCCGGGAGCAGGUCCGGCGCCUGUGGGGCCGCCUGGCCGUCCCCCCGGAGGAGAGGGAGGCCCUCGGCGAGCACAUGGCGGCGUCCAGGAGGAGGAACCUGGAGGCGCUGCGGGCGGAGGUGGAGCGUCUGGAGGAACUCAAGCUGCUGAACAUCCGCAACGUGACGGACGCCAUCCGCUCCGAGCUCGCCGCCUUCUGGGACAAGUGCUUCUUCAGCGCCGAGCAGCGCCGGGCCUUCGCUCCGUACGCCAGCGAGGACUUCACGGAGGAGCUGCUGAGUCAGCACGACGCCGAGCUGCAGCGCCUGAAGCAGCAUCACGAGGACCACCAGCAGCUGUUCGACGGCGUCCACCAAUGGGAGGACAGCUGGAGGCUCUACCUGGAGCUCGAGAAAAAAGCCACCGAUCCGUCUAGAUUCACCAACCGAGGAGGGAACCUCCUGAAGGAGGAGAAGCAGCGGACGGAGCUGCACAAGAGCCUCCCCAAGCUUGAAAAGAAGCUGAAGGCCCAGAUCGACGCGUGGGAGAGCGAGCAGGGUGCCGAGUUCCUGGUGGGCGGGCAGAAGUUCCUUCAGUACGUGGAGGAGCAGUGGGAGCAGCACCGGGGGGAGAAGGAGAAGGAGAAGCAGGAGCGGCAUCUGAAGAAGAGCAAGCAGACGGAGGAGGACAUGCAGUUCGGCACGGCGGUCCGGACCCCCACCAAGCGCCGGCUGCUCGGCGCGCAGACGCCCAACAAGUCCAGGAAGUUUAACGCGACCUCCAGCAGCACGAGCGCCGGGUCUAACAGCAGCAGCCGCUCCGUCUACGGGGCCACGGCCUGCCGCUCGCCGCUGCCCCGCCCCCCGCUGUCGGCCAAUAAGGUCCCGGCCUCGCGGACCCCGGUGGCCGGUAAGCCCCCCAACCCUCGGCUGCAGGGCUGCAACAAGGAGAACGAGGCCCAGCUGAGGGGCAGCCCCGUGGGGGGGCUGACCCCGCUGACCCCGCUGACCCACUGCAGCAUGGCGUCCGUGGCCAGCACGUACUCCGAGUUCGUGAGGGACUUCAGCAGCCCACGUCAGGCCAGCGAGACCUGUCCAAGGCCUCCAACGCCAAGAUCCAGCACGUCAUCCUGAACUCCACCACCUCCACCAACCUCUGACCUCCGACCUCUGAGGCUGCGCCCGUUCUGCCGCCGCAGUCAUCUGCUCCAUGAAGUCCUGAUCACCGCCGCACGCUUUCACGAAGUUAAUAAUAUAUGAAGCGUGACGUCUGCUCGGCAUCACAAACUAAACUAACACUACUUUGGCCGUCUGAGUUUCUCCGGUCAUCCAGAUGGAAUAAAUGUGUAUUUUGUACUGCACACUUCUCUUUUGUUUCUUUUUUUUUCUCAAAGAAAUGAAAUAAAUUCCAUCUUUCUGAUGUUAUGCAAUCCGGAGUUACAGGCCAAAUGUAUUAUGAAUACUUUGCACUUUUUUUAAGAAGAAGAAAAACAAAUAUAUAUGUGUUCAGCACAUCGCAAAAGUCUUCCACACGCUCUGUUCCCUCCAUGUGUUAUAUGUAUAUUGUUUUCAUACAUGGGAUGUAUCGUGUACAUAUUCUGUGUCUGCUGUUCUCUUCAUAGUAACUUUCUUAUUUUUUAAGAUUGAUGAUUUGCAAUUGUAGCACACUGGUUGACUGAUCAGUUAGUACAUGAUUUCACAACAAUAAAAUUGUGGCUGAUGAA